AUGGCCUCGGUUGUUUACUUUCUAGACAACAGAGGAAGACCAUUGCUUCAUAGAGAUUAUAAAUGGGACAUUCCAUCCACUGCAGUGGAAAAGUUUCCGAUCUUGUUGUUGGAAAAGUCCAGUAAUGGUGACGCUGUUGGAAGUCUAGAGGACGGUAGUACUGUACCUGUGUUAAACUCUGAUGGCGUCCACUACAUCUACUUGAUGCACAAGAACUUGUAUAUACUUGCUCUGACAAGAGAGGAUACCAAUGCCUUUGCUAUACUGUGCUAUCUCGAUUCACUAGUCAGAGUACUAGAAGGAUAUCUGAAGUCGUUGGAAGAAGAAUCAAUAAGGGACAACUUCUCCAUUAUUUACGAGUUGUUGGACGAGAUGAUGGAUUAUGGAGUGCCGCAAAUUACCGAUCAGAAGAUUCUCAAGGAGUACAUUACACAGGAAUCCUUUACUUUGAAGACGAUGUUUCGUCCUUCAGGCAGCAAGAAGAAACCCGGUUCUACUACAGUGUUUAAAGAGAGAAUGGCUCCUUCUGCUGUAACAAAUGCAAUCAGCUGGAGAUCAUCUGGCAUUGUUCACAAGAAGAAUGAGGCAUAUUUGGAUGUUGUUGAAUCUAUAGAUAUGUUGAUCAACCCCAAAAACCAGAUAUUGAGUUCCGAGAUUCAUGGAGAGAUCAAAUUAAGGUCGACGCUCUCAGGAAUGCCAGAGUUGGUACUUGGGUUGAACGAAAAAUUUAUGAAUAGCUGUAUCAAUGCUGUUAAAGGCCUGCCACCGAUUGAUAAUACAAAGAAAAGCAUUGAGGUGGAAGACGUUAAAUUCCAUCAAUGUGUUCGUUUGGGUAAAUUCGAGUCUGAGAAGAUGAUAUCCUUCAUUCCUCCCGAUGGGGAAUGCAAUUUGUUUAGCUACAGGGUUCAUUCGUCCACGUUAAAGCCGAUGUUCCUAAUUGACUAUAAAGUGAGAAAUCACUCCAAUACACGGUUGGAGAUCAUGGUGAAAGUGCGGGCAAACUUCAAAUCUAGGAUCAGUGCUCGCAAGUUAGAAAUUCGAGUUCCCGUUCCACGAGAUGUCGAUUCACCCAAGUAUCAUUACAACAAAGGAUCGUUGAAGUAUCUGCCUAAUGAGUCUGUGAUUCUUUGGAAGUUCCACAAGAUUGAUGGCGCCAAGGAAUAUGUCAUGAUUGCUGAAUUGCUGCUUCCAUCUGUGGCGGACGAGCUCGAACUAAACAAGUUUCGAAAAAUUCCACUCAACUUGAAGUUCGAGAUGCAAGGUUUUGUUACUAGUGGAUUACAGGUGAAGUAUUUGAAGAUUAGAGAGCCCAAGAUGAACUAUCAAAGUUAUCCAUAUGUGAGAUAUAUUACAAAGAGUGGAGACCAUUACGAAGUUAGAGUUAAAUGA